UUUUUUUUUUUUUAAUAUGAUCAAGCACAUGUAGAUACGAAGUCAAGGAAUUCGCGUAAAAAUAGUAUAUAUACGAGGAUUCGCAAUGAACAACGAUUUCGUGAAACUACAUGAGCAUUAAGACCACGUCAAAGCCUUAUCUCCGUUCAGUAGGAUGUGAUACCUGAAAGAUGUAUACAGAGUGUUCUUCAAUAACAUUAUUGUACAUUCCCACUGGUGUUUCUCGGUGCUCAAGCGGUGCUCAAACGUAAUAAAUCAGAAAAAUAUAAUUGAAGUAAAAGAAAAGUGUAGUUCUCGGGCAGUUCGAGAAAAUGGGUAAGAACCUUAGUCGUUGCUGUGAUAUUGACAAGAACGUGACGACGAGAAAUAACACAAUCGAUGAAAAUGUAGCUGACGUCCCAACUAAUACAUCUCCUUCUAGUAGCAUAAGAAAUAUAACAGCAGCUCCUGCGAUAACUGAGGAUGUUCCGAAUUCGCUAAAACCGGAAGAUAUGUAUUACAAAAUGGACCAUGAAAGGCGUGGUUUGGCGUUGAUAUUUAAUCACGAAUUCUUCGAAGAUGACGCUAUAAAUUCCCGUACUGGGACAAACGUUGACUGCGAAAACCUCGCCAGUACGUUGAAAAGCUUCGGCUUCGAAGUCCGACACUUUCACGACUUAACGUAUCAAUGUAUAUCCAACUAUUUAGGAGAAGUUGCAAAAAUGGAUCACUCCCAGCACGACUGCCUGGUGGUUGUGGUACUGAGCCACGGCGAUUUGGGCGAGCUUUACGCUCACGACAGAAAGUACAACGCCGAGAGCAUCUGGUCGAGCUUUACUUCGAGCAACUGCCCGAGUCUCGAGGGUAAGCCCAGAUUGUUUUUCAUACAGGCCUGUCGCGGCGACCAAACCGAUGAGGGCAUCAAGCUACAAUACUGCAGAUCCGAACCCGAUGGCCACCCCAACCUGGUAUUCCGUAUACCGACGCAUCGUGACUUUCUAAUCGCCUACUCCACGAUUCCGGGAUUCUACUCUUGGAGAAAUAAAAAGCAAGGCUCCUGGUUCGUACAAGCUUUGUGCUCGGAACUCGACGUCUACGGGGACAGGCAGGACCUGCUGACCAUCCUCACCUUCGUCUGCCAGAGGGUCGCGAUCGAUUUCGAGUCGUAUUCACCCGAGCGUGCGAACUUUCAUCAAAAAAAGCAAAUACCUGCCGUUACCACGAUGCUUACGCGUCUCGUUAAGUUUGCGCGCGUUUAACAAAUAUAAUGCCUUAUAAAAUGCCAAUAGAAUAAGUUUAUCUUGUAUUAUCGUUAUCAUCUGCGUAUGUGCACGUUUCUACCCAUGUCUUUCUAAAUUUUCAAAAAGCGCGCCUCGCGCGAACCAGCCAUUGCAGCGUCUUGUAGACGAUCGAAACAUAAUGGAAUCAACGGAACGGCGUUGCUGCAGCAAGUUGGAACUUGAAACACGAAAACAGGUUGCGUUGCGACACUCUUCGUCACGGGAAAAGGCGAGGAACGUCUCUGAAAAGCGCAAAGAAAGGGGUUUACUUAAUUUUUCAGCGAUUUUUUUGUCUUGGUGCGUAAAAUGGGACAGCUUUCGGACUAGUGACUGAUUGGUAAAGUAAAAUUCUUUACCGGGCCGUGGUUCGGGAGUAUAUUCCGGAGUGAGCAUCGAAUGCCAAAGGGCAAGACGAUUGGCAGAGUUCAUUGAUUUCGUUCAACCUUUUCGACGAUCGCUGCAAAGAAAUUUCGAAGGACGAUUGAAUGAACGUACGCCCCAUCGUUCCUUAGCAAAAAUCAGAUAUUGUCUGAUUAGACAAGAUUUCCAGAGAAACGAAAACAACGCUAUACUGUGUUGCUCUGGCAUCUCUAACGGCCACCUAUACUGACUCGGAGGGUGAAGACGGGGUGGAUGACGACCUUCAGGAGAAUUCAAACACUCCCAGAGGGGCUGCCCCACAAAAUGCCCAAGUCGGUCAGCCCCAAGUUCUCAUCAGUCCUAAAUCUGGCAGAUCAGCCUCAAAUAGCCCCAUCAAUAUCUCCAAUGUUGGUGGCAAGAAUAAUAACAACUUGCCAAAUGUACCCACCUUAGUGACUGAUGUAACGUCAAAGGUGCAGAGAUUAGUUUCCUAUUUUGAUGACACAAUAGUCUCUGAUGAUGAGGGAACUGUUGUGGUAGCUACUGAAGUGUCAUUUUCUGUAAACGGAAAAUUACCUUCUGAUACGGCUGAACAGCAGUCUCCCGAUCGUCAAGGAGAUUUGAUUUCAGAUGGGGAAGCAGAUGCAUAUGGAGUUGUAAUUCCACCAGACCCACCUGGAUUCUGUCCAGUAGAAUUACAGGAAAAAAUUACAAAUCUUUACAAAAAAAUGGAAUCUGGGCGUUUGGACAUGAACAAACUUAUACAGCAAAGGAAAGACUUCAGAAAUCCAUCCAUUUAUGAAAAGCUAAUUCAAUAUUGUAGUAUCAAUGAGUUGGGCACUAACUAUCCCCCUGACAGAUUUGAUCCAUUCAAGUGGAACAAAGACUCUUACUAUGAAGAAUUGUCAAAGUUUCAGGAACAGCCAAACGACCAGCUACUGUAGUCUCAACUGUGGAAGACGAUGCUAAAAAGAGGAAAAGCAAAUGGGAUCAAAUUUCUACAAUUCCAACUGCUGCAGCAGCAGUCAAACCAACUGUUGUACCUCAGCAAACGUUAACAACAUUAACUUCAUCUGUUACUGGUACAAAAGCAACGGUAAUAUCGGCUUUUGGUUCUUUACCAAAGAAAAGACUGUAACACAUAGUUAUGUAUUGUAAAUUUUAAUAUUCGCUUAAUUGUUUGAUAAGUAACUUGUUGAAGUCUUGCGUUGCACACUGAAAUAUUUAAAAAUUAACUGUAAAAUAUUCUUAUGAGUUGAAGUAUGUGUUUCUUAAAUUUUUUAAAAUUAAAACAUUGAAAAAUAUGUAAAAAUAUUAUUGACGUACAAAGCAAAUGAUAGAUACAAACAGGAAAAAACAUGCUGUACUACUGCCAUUAUUUAUAAAUUUGUAAUAAUUUAUUCAAUAGUUAAACAUAAAUUAAAGGGAAUUGUGUAAACAAUUAUUAAUGAGUACAUUUACGCUAAAUAUUCAAACUAACACAUUAGAAUAAAUAUAUAUUUCUUACGAAAAGUAAUUAGAGACUAUCUUUGUAUUAGUAUAGCUGUUUAUAGACAAAUCAGAAAGUAUCCUAUAAUGUUUCUGUACACACCUUUGUUUUUUUACAAAAUGUACAAUUAAUAUUAAUUGAAGUAUAGGUCAUGUAGGUGAUGCAUUGCAAACCUCAAAAAGUAAGUAACUAUUUAAUGUAGAUAGGGUAAUUGAUUGCACAAGUAUUAGAGUUACUUUUUGCAAUCAAAUUUGCGGUAUGUAUCUGCUAAAAAUAAAAUAGAGUAUAUACCUAUACAAAAAGAUGAAAAAUUGCGUAAGUGCGAUAUCAAUCUAUGAAAGUCAAGUUUCAAAAUUCCAUCAAAAUGAUUGCUGUCUACUGUUAUUAUUCUCAAUCACUGAAAUCAACUAUAUAUAUUUCACUCUUUUUAUACCUAUGUUCCAAUUGUGGAAAUUAUAUUAUCUGUACAGUCUACUGUGUAGCAUGUUAUUCUAUUAAUAUGCCAUUAGUUAAUUAUUGUUUGACAGGUAUAAUAAGAUUCAUCUGUGAAAAAUUGUAAAUAUAGCACUAUUGUUUUACACUAUUUUUUCUUUUUGAUAGGCCUCAGAAAUAAUUAAAUAGUGGAGUUUCUAUAGGUAACAUCCGAGAAUAAAAUAAAUGUCAGUUUAUGUAUAAACUACUUUUUUAUGUUAAAAAAAUAGUUUUUUUAAUCAUUUCUAUUUCAUCUAUAUAUACAUAUAUUGCAAGGAAAUGUCUAAAUAGACUAGGAUUUUGUUUCCGAUUUUGUCUGGAAGAAAAAUAAAUAAUUUGUGUAAAUAAAGUAUUUUUAAACGUA